UGUACAGCCGUACAGGACGAUUACUUGCUUUUUGGGUUCACCGAGUCGCUUUAUAAAAUCUUCAGAUCCCUGUGCUCUGCUUCUCCACUUCCGACUGUGGCUUUACAUUUGGUUUGGAGUCUGCCUCUGUUCCCUCCUUUGGUCUCUCCUGUCUUCCUCGGCUAUCGUUUUCGUUGGAUCGCUUCUUUCGUUUUUAAGAGAAGGAAUCAGAGCACUUUUCUUUCAUAUUUUUUCUCGGAACCUGGGUUUCUCCUUGAUUCUUUUCAUCGGAAAAAGAUCUGGCUUUGUUCCCAGGAUUUGCUUUUGAGAUCUGAUUCUAAGAGUACUGGAACAGGAAUUUCGAAUGGUAGUAGGAAGAGGACGACCAGAAUAAACAGACGUGGCUACUUCUGUUAAUCAGUUUUCCAGAGAGGGAGAACAGCAUGCGGUGGCUGAGUCUGUCCGUCGAUGUGUUCCGGAAAGUUGUCUCUUUACACCUGUAUUGUAGAGUUAUUCUGUAAAUCUUUCCCAUAACUAAACCCUAAUUUAGCUCCCUUACCUUCUUUUUCACUGUCCAUGGCAUCCGAUCUCUUUGUUGUCCUCCCAAGCUAUAUCCGUAAGAUUGGCUGAGCAAACAUCCUCCAAGAAAUUUAAAGACAACCUUUUGCUAGUUUCAUUCUGGGUCAACCCAUUUUCUUUUAAAUCUAUUCUGUUAAUCUGUUCUUUUUAGUUUGGCGUCUUUAUUAGUCUUUCUGUCUCUCGCUCCGUUUCGUUCUGUUCUGUUCGGCUUUUAUCUAGUAUUGGGGUAGGUUGAGGGAUUCUUCAAGGGUCGAGAGAAGUUAUGGUGUGCCAAGCAGCUAGCCAAACACGAUUCCGAGCGUUGAAACACGAGAAUGGGAUUGCAGGGAGCGCGACCAUUAUUGUUAGAGUCAUAGCUUGCUUUCAACCUUUGCAGGAUUGCCAGGCCGAAUACUUCCGUCACCUGCUUAAACCUGUUACGUAGAUUGCUUCCUCGUUUGCUUUCUUUAAAAUUAAACUGGAGGCAGUAGAUAUUUUCUGUAAUCUUGAAAGGUGGCACUAUUAAUCAAAGUUGCUGAUAACCUGAUACCGUUGUCAUCUGUCUUCUGGUGAUUGCUUCGUGUGAAUGGGAAAGGACUACGAUUUUUGGCUUCUCCACCAGCAUUCUGCUUGGCAAUCACCUAAUCUGAAUUGCUCUAGCAUUCCGGUGGAUCCCAGCCAACAAAAUACUUUCCCAUCUUUCAUAAACCCUUACGCGUAUAUGGUUUCUGCAAAUGGAGCUUUGCCAGGAUUUGAAGUUUCUGGGUUACCUCACUUGAAGAUAGCCCAGGCAAAUGAACGGCAUGGGUGGUUUUAUUGCUUACCACGCUAUCGCCAGGCCUUUGUUCCAAGCCCGAACUAUGUUUCUAAAGACAAGUAUUCUGCUGAUCCAAAUGGAGCCAGUGGUGACGCCACAGCCAAUGUGGUAUCUGGGUCUGUUGAGAAGAGAUUACUUGUUAUUGAUCAGUCUAGUAAUAAAACGAACUUGAUUUUUGGUUCUGUGGUUGGUACUUCUAUGCACCAUCCAAGUACCAGGACUCCCAAACCUGAAGAAGCAUUAACUGAAAGAAGCCCUAUCUAUAACCCUGGUCCCCUUGUCUCCAGUGGCUUGGAUGGCAAUCAAUCAAGUGCUGACCAAAGUGAGAUGCAAGAAGAUACCGAGGAACUUAAUGCGUUGCUAUAUUCUGAUGACGAGUAUGAAGAAGAAGAUGAUGAUGAUGAAGUGACAAGCACAGGUCAUUCCCCUAGCGAAAUGACAGUUUAUGAGAGGCGGGAUAAAAUUGAAGGAAGCACAGAGGAAGUGGCUAGUUCAGCUGGACCAGCUAAAAAAAGGAGGAAGCUAUUUGAUGGAGAGUCAUCAAUCAUGGACACUGCAAGUUCUGUAAAACCCAAUGGAUCAUGGGAGUAUGAAAGUGAUGCUGAAUCAAGCCGUGUAAAUAGAACAACAGGCAACAAGAGAUCAUGGGAAAUGCACCACUUAUCAGGCGAUAUGCAGUUGAGGAAGGAGAAGAUAAGGGAGACAGUGAGCAUUCUGCAGAGCAUAAUUCCAGGUGGGAAGGGUAAAGAUGCCAUGUUGGUUCUUGACGAAGCAAUCCAAUACUUGAGGUCUCUGAAACUCAAAGCCCAAGGUUUGGGAACUAGUACUCUUUAAGUAGAAAGACUUAAACCAGUGGUGGCUACAGAAAUUGUGUUCGGUUUGUUCUUUGUAGUGUCUUAGUAGUGGGAAAACUGGUUUGUACUUCGUAGUUGUACAAAGGUUAUGUAGACUUGAGGAUGGUUCAUGGUUGUGGAUUGGAUUGUGCAGGAUAAGAAUUCCCAAUAUGAAAGACGAGGGAGGCAGAAAAAAGGGAGGCGGGAGUGAUGGAUUUGUGUGAUUGAGUUUGGAGUCGGUUGUUUUUUGUCUUGGAGAUCUCCAUUCCCACUCUGCCUUGCAUUUAGAGCAUGAUUCGUUGGGAAGAAGUUAGAGAAGGGAAUGCUGUUUUAUUGUUCACCGAAGAAGGAAAAAAAAACACCCUUUGUCGUAUGCUGUUAGAGUUUGAAGGAUGGAAAGAACUGAGGGACUGAAAGUGGUGGCAAAGUUGAUGAGGAGUCGCCGGCGACCGAGGAGAAGGGUGGGGGGCCGGGUAUGGAAUAUUAGUAUUAGUGCAUGCGUGUUUGGUAAGUCGGGACCCAGUGUUGUCAACCUCUUUUUGGGGCCAUGUCGGUCAUGUUGAACUGUCCGAGAUUAGAUGGCCUUGGUAUAGAAAAUUAGGAUGGUGUAAACUGUAAAGAAAAAAAGGAAAAAGCGAUAAAGCAGAAAGGUUUGUGUUUAUGGGUGACGGAGUAAGGAGGGCACAAACACAAACGCGAGGGUUGAGGGGUCUCCAUUGUUGUGCGGGGCUCACCAGUCACCACCGACGUCCCGUCCGACCAUCAAAUUAUGCAAUUUACAGUGGUAUCCUCCAUCGAUCAUAAGCCUUAUCAGUAUUCUCCGUGGUAUCACGUGUGACCGUGGAAUGAAAGCGCCAGCUGCUGCUACUACUAUUGCUAAUGUUUAAAAUGGGUCUUCUCUUUUGCAAGGGGACCCAGCCCUAGGAGUCUGAAUGAUGUCUUUGAUGUGUUUUCUUUUGGUGUUUUGUGUGUUGUUGCUAAAGACUACUGCCGCAUGUGGUUUGUUGGGUCUGUGGUAACACUAAUAAUAAUUAACGCGGGUUGUGUUAAAAUGGUCAUUGAUGGAUGAUGUGGUGGACUCGUGGGCUGGUGGGUGGUGGGUGGUGCUGAUUGGAGUGUUGAUGAGACAGCGGGGGUUGUGUUGGGCCAUGGAUCACACUAUUCACUGGGUUUGGGAUUCCUCUGUAGUCUGUGUACGCAUUCACUCUUUAGCGUUGUCUUUAUGCUUCUCGCAUGCACGCUUACGAGUUAUGAGCUUGAGAAAACGAUGUAUGAGAUUUUCUCUUUUUCGUCUGGUCGGAGUUUGGAGAGAGAAAUCACAAACCAUUUGAUGCCUUCCACUUGA